GUUCCAUCAUUUAGCUUGCGUGUUUGGGCGGCCCCCUCUCAGAAUAUUUGCAGCUGCUACGCAGAGUCUGUCUUUUUCUCGUAGCUUGGAACUUCGUUUGCUUUUUUUUUUAUUAUACGUUGCGUCGUCGUCAAAUCGUUCUUAGCGUUUGUUUAGUUACGGCUAUCAUAGUAAUAGUUUGGUUUUAUUUACCAACUUCAACCUUAUUUUUGUCGGAGUUGAAGAUACAUAAAUAUACCUAUUGGUAGGAAACAAUAUUUAAGCAGUUUCACUUUGACUUGUAUUGGUCAAGCCUAUGUAUAGUCUAUACUUUACUGCCUUGUUUUCCUACAAUAGUCACAGAUAUGUAUGGGAGACGUUUAUUUUUCUCUGCUCUUUCUAGGACAUUUUUUUCUUUCACGAAAUGUUUUUGAAUCGUAACAUCGUUCCUCAAGGUUGGAUUCUUUCGAAUUAUUUUUAAAAUGGCACUUAAUCAUUUACAUAUUUGUCAAAAUAACCAUAGCAUCGAUCGUCGUCAAUUAUUUAUAUAACGGCAAAACAAUGUGACGUUGUUGAUCACGUGCAAAACAUAUUCAUCCGACUAUGCAAAGUUUGUCGUUUAUUGGACAGCAAGCAUUUGCGCGAUGCAUCAAUUAAUUCUGAUAUUUUACAGUUAGAUCGUGAACGUAAUUAUUUAUGAUCUCAGUAGUACGUCAAAGUGUUUCAUUUAGUUUGCUCUUUCAUUUUACUCUUCAUCAUAAAAACGUGUUGCUAUCAACGCCAUGAACUUGCCCGAUAAAACAAUCGCCAGUGAUAUUAUACAACUUCGGACGUGUUAUAAACCGAAUUUCGUUAAUUCCCAGUUUCUGUUUGUAAAAAUGGUCGCGAAGGUGUCUUUACUAGAUCGCAGGCGAGAUAAGAGGAUAUAACGUUUCAUUCAGCAACCAGCCGGCGUCGAUUUCGCUGCGUUUGCCAAACGGCCGGACAUGGUCGAUAACGGCGCGGUAGAAACGCGACGACGUGGCCGCGGCGCGUCCGCGUCCAUUCUUGUUGAGCACGGUGUCUACGAUCGCGUAGCAACGCGCCACAUUCGACGUACCUACUCGUACACUUAGCAACACGUUUGGCAACGUCGAAACUUGCGGCGAAUUCCGCAUCAACAACGACGAUGAGAACGUAAUCCACCUGUAUCCUAUCUACAUACGUACGUGUUCUAUCAAAACGAUCCAAAGCGUUUGCUGGAUCGUACGAACCACGAAAUCACCGAUGUGUCUCGUUUACCGUAGUGCAAGUAAUCGCAUCGUUUGAUAAUGAUGUUUUGUCUUUCGCGAGAUUACGUAAGUGCACUUUGAAUUUUCGCGAUUUGAUGGUCCCAUCUAAUUAUAGAUCCAAAGACGAAACAUGCGUUUUGUUCACGUGCGAAUAUCGGACUACCUCCUACAACCGGUUCCAGCCGAUCACCGGUUUCUCUCGCAACGUUAUUAUAAACCCGGUGCGGUCGAUGAGCGCCAGUAUCACCGCAUUGAAAAUGCGGCGGCGACGACCGGCCAACGAGGAUGCGUCGCACACACAUCCACGCAGAGGAAAGGAGGCAAUCGCGACGUGCUCGCGGGUUUCGCCGUCUUUUCAGUCUCGACUGACCGGGUAGAUUUGGCAACGCUGCGGCAUAGCAGCGGCAUAGAUUCCGCUCCGCAACCGCAACCGCACGCCAGCCUAGCGCCAUGAUGCCAAACCAAGCCAGCCGUACAACGGUUUCUCCGCAGUGACGCGCAAGCUGCCGGCGACGGCGUAGCGUACACAAGCCAAAUCGCUUGCGGGAUCAUAACGUUCCGUCCAAAAAUUUCUUUUUCCAAUUCUUUCUCUUAGUCUUCGCGCGCUUCGAUCGUCGACAUCGACCAACGCGCGAGUAUUCACGCGCGAUACGAACAACCUUCGUUCUUAUUCAUUGGCCGCGAAUUGGCCAGCUCGUGCGAUCGUAUACACGUUCAGCUUAAUCCGAAUCGAUACACUCGUAUCUUGCUCGUUCGACCGUUGAAACACGAUCGACUCUAGUCGAGUCGUGCCAUCCCCUUUUGUAAUCGGUAUCGUUAAGUAGCGGCAAAUUUCUCUUCUUUGUUACAUGGUUACGUUCUUUCCUUUCCUUUCUUUUUUGUUAAUAUUUGAAGUAAUUGAACGACAAAAAGAAGAGAAAAUCUAUAAGGAAUAAAAAAAAAUCUCAAAGGUGACUUUGAUAAACCUUCCCACGAUAAACACCAUGUUCGAUACUGAGAAAUUUAUCGGAGAAAUCGAGAAACGACCGGCAAUUUAUGAUGUGAAUCGUAGCGAGUACAACGACCGUAAUGCCAAGAUGACCGCGUGGGACGAGGUCUGCCAGGUGAUGGUACCGAAUUGGGCGCGCUUGACGGACGAGGAGAGAAACGUAGAAGAGAAAAACUUACGUGGAAAAUGGAGAAAUAUCCGUGACUAUUUUAUGAAAGAAUUGAAGCUUCAGAAAUCACAGAAAGUAGGUCCGGUUGGUCGGAAACGAAAGAAAUACAUGUAUUUCGAUCAACUGUUAUUUCUAAUGCCAACGGUGGAGAAUAAACGAAAUGCCGGUACUACAUUAAGUAAUUGCAAAUCUGAGGAGAGCGAGGGUGAAAUUGACAAUCCGGUGAUCGAAGAAUACGACGUACCAUUGGCCCAUGCUGCUCCCUCCAUUACCACUGGCAGGGAAUACCUUCAGCCGGGCGCAUCCUAUAAAAUGUGCCCCCGUUAUCCGAAGCAGCUUUGUGAGACGUCGUUCGCGUCCUUCGAUAAUGAAAUUCACGAUAUCCUGUCGUCACACAGCAGCCAACGAGUUACAUACGAUGAGGAUGACUACGACAAAAUGUUUCUACUCUCGUUGUUGCCGAUCAUUCGACAAGUACCGGAAGAGAAGAAGCUCGAUGUCCGGAUACAGAUGCAACAAGUCUUGGCCCUGGCACUUCGUCCUCCGGAUAGUAUGCAAUGA